AUGUCAGGCACUCCAAUCUCAGAGCCUGCCGAUCUGGCAGGAAAAGUCGUGAAACAGACUCCAAACUACAGCCAGGCGGAAACAGAUGCGCACAGACAGCUACAGCCGAAUUCAAUUAUAGUCGCGGGUGAUCAGGUUUCGCCAACCCGCAAGCGUGCCAAGCCCCUUCCGCCGGUCCCCCCUGUUGGUGUCCCCAUGGGUCACGCAAUAGUGCCGCGCAAAACUCCGAGAGCUCCAAAAAACACGUUGCCGGCUAAUGAUAUUCUGGAAGUCACAGGCCAGGCCGUCAGACACACAGCAUUAGAAGAUCCGUUGCCACCGCCCCCAGCUCCCAAGCCGCCUGAGCCUGUGGAGCAGUAUCCCCCUAACCCUGUCAAAGUUGACACGGAAGACAUGACAAAAUAUUUAGGGGUCUCUGACAUAAUCCUGACAAAGUCCACUGGAAGUGACAUCGCAGUCCCCGCACCUGACAAGGUGGACACUCACGUGCCGCCAUCUGCGAUCGACGCAUGGACCAUCCCCAACCCCAAAAGAAACCGUCCCGUGUCACCUCCCCCAGCCUUCAAUUUUCCUAAGACGCCUCCUGUCCGUGACGUCAAAAUUCCGAGCAUCGAAAUAUCACCAGACUCACGUAUUAUGACGGAGUCAAUGCUUGAUGUCAUGGGUUCUCCCACCACUGCUACUAACACAGCCCAUCCCUUGCCACCGCUCUCAGCCUUGAACCUGCCCUGGCAGCGUGAUGACACUGUUAGUAAAUUGCCUCUCGCAGUAACGCUUAAGGACCAUGAUAUUGCAGACUUGACACACGUCGCUAGCGAAGUAAUAAAAAUUCCAAUAGCUCAACUUACUGGAGAUAGUAAUUUGGCGGUAUCUGUUAAACAGGAACUCACAGGGCAGCCUGUUGCGGACACUAUGUUAUUAAAUCCCGCUCACCCUCCAAUCGAUUUAGAAAUCGAACGGCGGCAUGAAACUGAAACGGCGCCUAACGCACAAAUUCAGUCGCCGCCCACAGCAACACAAGGUUUCACGAAACAACUGUCUCGGACUACCGUACCACCUACAGAGUGGAUCGAGCCUGCCGUUCCCAUUAUGCCUAUACCUGUGGUACACCCGGACGCGUUCGGUGCCAGCGUGGGUACGGAUGACAAUGUAAAACAUUCGAGCGCUGCGGAAUUUCUUACGCAAAUUGAUCUCAAUACAUCGCCUGACGCCGACAUGUGCCGAAACCCCUGGUACGUCCCUGAUACCGCGGAUGCUCCCGACCAACCAUCCCACUCCCCUCCCCCAGCCUCGGAUCACCUGCCGCGGCCGACAGACGUCCACGGGAUGCUCUACUGGCUGGCCGGCCUGAACCAAAAGGGGUAUAUUCCUUUCAUUGAGAAGCAUCUUAAGAGCAUUUUGAAAGACAUCAACAAGGAUGUCUCACAGCUCUCAGAUGCCCUCGAGGUCACCGGGGAUCCUUACAACCUGGACGCUACCCGUGUCUCCAACACUCUGACCCAGGCUUGCCACUACGCGGCGAACGUUCUCCACAAGAUAAAACACAAAGACAAUUCGAAGGCUGUUUCAGUCCCUGAUUUCAGCUUAGAAUAUUCCAAGCUUUGUUACUCCUCCGACCCCGCCUGCUCCUCCGCCGAGUACUGCUGCAGCUCCUAG